CCGAGACACUGGCGAUUGGGAUUCAUCCUCUUGUGGGGUUCUCUUGGUCUUUUCGUUGAUAGAUGAUCCCAAGUAUCCUUUACAGAUCUUUGAGUCGUUCGUGAUCGUUUGGAGUUGGAGCUUCACAGUCUGGGACCGUGUGUAUUUUGGCUGCAGGUAGAGAGCAAGAUGGGAAUUCUGAAGGGAUCAGUUGUUUGCCACACUGAUGCUGUCUGUGCAAACUAUGUUGGAAGUUCUGCUCCACUUAUUAACAUUCAUUUUGCAAAGGCUAGAAAUUUGCAAAGUGGGUUUUGGGGGUCCUCUUGUAGACUCAGAACCAUAACUAGAACAUAUGGUCGUUUCCUCCAACCAUGCAAAAAGAAAUUGAGGUCAAUUCAAAGUAGUUUCAGCUCCUCUUCGGAUGGAAAUGGCAGCAUAGCUGGAAACUACAGCGAGAACGAUGAGGAAUAUAUUAACUCCAGUGUAAUUGAAGCUGUGGAGGUGAGAAGCAGAUCAGAUGGUCUCAUGAUAAAGAUGCGUGAUGGCCGACAUUUAAGAUGUGUGCAUAAUGACCCUCAAGCUGGAAACUUACUGUACUAUGCUCCUCGCCCUGUUAUCGUAUUAAAAAUGGAAGAUGGAAGUGAUAUUUUGCUUCCUAUCCUUGUCUUGGAGAUGCCAUGUACUAUGCUAAUGGCUGCUAUCAACAAUGUUCAGCUUGUUAGACCAACUGUUUAUGAAGUAGUCAAAGAGAUGAUUGAGAAGAUGGGAUAUGCUGUACAACUUGUUAGAGUCACUAAGCGAGUGAAUGAAGCUUACUUCUCUCAACUAUACCUGACAAAGAUUGGAAAUGGAAAAGAUACUAUUAGCUUUGAUCUCCGGCCUUCAGAUGCCAUUAAUAUAGCUGCUCGAUGCAAAGUGCCCAUACAAGUGAACAGACAUCUUGUAUACAGCAACGGAAUGAGAAUAGUUGAGCCGACCAAGUCAGCAGCAUCAACUGUUCAAUCAGACAUUGUUCUAUUCACAGAACUUGAUAGGCCUGACGAUCAGCCGUGCUACGAAGCUGAAGAAUUUGAUAUGCUCCGUAAUAUGAUGAUUGCUUCGGUUGAGGAAAGAUACAGAGACGCUGCCCGGUGGAGGGACAAGCUAUUCAUGUUCCGAGCAAAGAGGAAGAACUGGACUUGAUGUGUGUACUCAGAAAUCACAUAUUGUACAUUGUACUGCUGAUACCAACACCUCCAGUGUUGUAAUGAAGAUUUGCUUCCUUUGUUCAGAUACUCAAGUGCGUGACCAACCUCGCUGACUGUAAAUACAUGAACUUGUGGAUAAUUUCGGUUGCCAAAUGUUUUGUAGCAGUAAAUACAUGUCCUUUUCAGCAAAGCUACUUAAAGCUACUCAAUCAAACAUCUCGGUAUCGAUACUUGAA